AUGGCUGCGCAUCCGAUCGACGAGAAGCACUCUGCGGCAGGGGCCUCCGCCUCGGCUUCAGAUGACGGGGUAGCCACCACGGCCCGGCAGCCCACCGACAACGCCAGGGAGCACGACAACGCCGACGCCAACCCCGCGGUGGUAGUCCAGACACAGGGCGUAACACGCAUGGAGGCCAUCUACCGCGAGGCGCAAUCCCACCGCAAGACGCUCCUCCUCGUGGGCGCCUCGGUGCUCGUCUGCGCGUGGGCCUACUCGCUCGACCAGUCCACCACGUCGUACUACAGCAUCGACGCCUCGUCCUACUACAAGCAGCACAGCUCCGUGCUGUCCACGCUGUCCAUCGCCACGAGCGUCAUCGGCGCCGUGUGCAAGCCCUUUGUCGCAAAGGUCUCCGACAUCACGUCCCGCCCGUACACGUACGUCCUCGCCCUGGGCUUCUACACGCUGGGGUACAUCGUCGCGGCUACGUCGCGCACCGUGGCGGCGUAUAUUGUCGGCGAGGUGUUUGUGGCGAUUGGGAGUAAUGGGCUGGACCUCAUUAAUGAUAUCAUCGUGGCGGACUUGACGCCGUUGGAGUGGCGUGGGUUUGUUGGCUCGCUGCUGAGCACGCCGUUUAUCAUCAACACGUGGUUUGCCGGCAAGAUUGUCGACGCCAUGACGUCCAGAAACCAGUGGCGAUGGGGCUACGGCAUGUUCGCCAUCAUCAUGCCCGCCGCGCUGGGCCCCGCCAUCGUCACCCUCAUCUACCUCGACCGCAAGGCCAAGAAGCACGGCGUCGUCAACAUGGCCUCCUCCAACGCCGCCCGGCGCGCUGCCAAGGAGCUCGCCGACGAGACCGGCCAAGACGCGCCGCAUGGCCUCGUCGUCGCCCCCGCGGCCAAGCCCAACGAGACGUGGACCCAGGCCGCCGUGCGUAUCCUGCACGAGAUCGACGCCUUUGGCCUGCUUCUCCUCGGCUUCGGCUGGAGCUUGCUGCUGCUGCCGUUUUCGCUCAAGACGUAUGCGGUCGGCGGGUGGCGUAACCCUUCGCUCAUCGCCAUGAUGGUAGUGGGCGGCGUGUUGCUCAUCGCAUAUGUCGUGUAUGAGAUGAAGUGGGCCAAGAUGCCGAGCGCGCCGAGGAGACUGAUCUUCAACAAGACGUUUCUCAUGGCCGUCAUCAUUGACAGCUUCUACAUGCUGGCUGGCCAGAUCCGCGGUCUGUACUGGAGCUCCUACGUGCUCAUCGCCAAGCCCUGGAGCUACCAGGACUGGGUCUACUACGGCAACACGCUGACUCUGGCGCUCUGCAUUUUUGGCGUCGUGGCCGGGCUGAUCCAGCGGUGGACGCAUCGAUACAAGGCGCUCCAGCUGCUUGGCCUUUGCCUGAAGAUUAUCGGCAUGGGCAUCUUGCUCGACGGCCGGCGUGCCACCAUCGACACGGCCGCCAUGGUCAUCUCCAUGAUCCUGGUCGGCUGCGGCGGCGCCUUCUCCGUCGUCGGCUCCCGCGUCGCGUCGCAGGCGUCGGUCCCGCACCAAGACGUCGCCUUGGCCAUAGCAAUGCUCUCACUGUGGUCCAAGAUUGGAUCCGCCAUCGGCAGCGCCAUCGUCGCCGUCAUCUGGUCCUACCAGAUGCCCCGCCAGCUGCGCGCGCACCUGCCCGCCACAGCAACAGAGAAGGACGUCAAGAAGAUCUUUGGCAACGUCAAGGCCAUUCGCACCCUGUACGCCUUUGACAGUCCGAUGCGUCAGGGGUGCAUCGAGGCGUACCGCCGCACGCUCUACUACUGCUUGGCCCCGGCACUGGGCCUGGCUUUUAUCCCGCUGAUCGCGGCGUGCUUCCAGACAAACUUUUACUUGGGCAAGCAGCAGAAUGCGGUGACCAACGUUGGCAACGACGGCUUGCCCCUGCGGGAAGAGGACAUGCCGGAGAAGCGUGCUCCACCGACGAGCAAGAAGGAGGCUUUCCUCAGGUUCUGGGCUGGAAAGUGA